AUGUCGUACUAUGACGUGGACGACAUCCUCACGGAUGCAGAGAAAAUUCCAUGCGAGUUCCAGAUUGACGUCCCCGGCCUCGGCUACCUCGACCAGACCCCCUCCCACACGCUCAAAGCCGGCACGCGCCUGCAGCUGCCCCUCUGGCUGGCCGAGAUGCUGGCCCUCGCCAACAAUGCCGCCGCCUCCACAUCCGAAGACGCCAAGCCCUUCCUGACACUCAACCUCCCGCCCGCCCUUCGCCACGACGUCGUCCAGGCCCUCAAGGCCGACCCCCGCACCGUCCCACUGCGCGACCAGUCUGCCCAUUUCUACGCCCUGGCCACGCGCAUGCUCGACCUAUUUGAAGACGCGGACCUCGCGGCCGUGCUGCGGGAUGCCUUUGUGGGACGCACGGAUGACAUUGGCAUGCACGCGCGGAAAGUGGGUGGCCAGUCGGCCGGCGGCGCGGUGGGCGGUGCUGGAAGCGGUGGUGGUGGCAGUGGGAGCCGAGGUGGCUCGCUGACCCAUGCCGUUGGCGACUCGGCCGACCGCAAAGACGACCCGGGCAACACGAGCAGCAACCUGGGUGUUGGCUAUGCGGGCCAAGAGUUUUUGCGGAGCCUGGACGAGUGGGAGCGACAGGUGUUCCGGCAGGCGCACGAUGGAGCCAAGGCGAGCCGCGAGUUUGUUGACAACGUCAAGCGGAACUACUAG